AUGUGUGGCAUUCUGGCUCUUAUUCUCGCCAACAGUUCCUCCACCUCUGCCGCAGUUGAUCUACACGAAGCCCUCUACCUCCUUCAACAUCGUGGUCAAGAUGCCUGCGGAAUCGCGACCUGUGCGACUGGUGGAAGAAUAUAUCAAUGCAAAGGCAAUGGUAUGGCUGCAAAAGUCUUCCAAGACGGCUCAAGAAUUGUCGAUCUGCCUGGCUUUAUGGGAGUCGGUCAUUUAAGAUACCCAACUGCUGGAAGCAGUGCCAAUGCCGAAGCACAACCAUUUUAUGUCAACAGCCCGUACGGGAUCUGCCUUGCACACAACGGCAAUCUGAUCAAUGCGCCCGAACUGAAAAGAUAUCUCGACAUCGAAGCACACAGACACAUCAAUACUGAUAGCGACAGCGAACUUAUGCUCAAUAUAUUUGCGAAUGAACUCAACGAAACGGGAAAAGCCCGUGUGAACGAUGAUGAUGUUUUCGCCAGCCUUAGCCGGAUGUACGAUAGAUGCAAAGGUGGAUGGGCAUGUACUGCAAUGAUUGCUGGCUAUGGCAUUAUUGCAUUCCGAGAUUCGUUCGGUAUUCGGCCCCUGGUCAUCGGGUCCAGAAACUCUCUCGAUGGACCUGGUAAAGACUAUAUGGUAGCUUCGGAGUCCGUGGCACUAGAACAGCUCGGCUUCAAAGUCAUUCGUGAUGUCAUGCCUGGAGAGGCCGUUAUUGUUCAAAAGGGACAUGAACCAGUCUUCCGCCAAGUCCAAAAGCAGAUUGGAUAUGCACCCGAUAUCUUUGAGUAUGUCUAUUUCGCUCGUCCUGACUCGGUAAUGGAUGGUAUCAGCGUUCAUCGAAGCCGUCAGCACAUGGGUGCACGGCUUGCGGAGCGGGUCAAGAAGACACUCAGCCCACAAGAGUUGGACGAGAUCGAUGUGGUUAUUCCGAUCCCAGAGACUUCUGUCACCUCAGCAUCUCUCGUGGCCCAAGUGCUUGGAAAAGAAUAUUGUCACGGAUUUGUCAAGAACCGCUACGUGUUCAGGACAUUCAUCAUGCCUGAACAGAAGGCCAGGCAGCGAGGUGUCCGACGCAAGCUCAACGCGAUGGCUAUGGAGUUUAAGGGUCGAAAUGUUCUACUAGUCGAUGACAGUAUUGUACGCGGGACCACAAGCCGUGAAAUCGUCAACAUGGUACGUGAAGCUGGGGCCAAGAAGGUGCAUAUUGCUAGCUGUGCACCACCAAUCACCCACGCCCACAUCUACGGAAUUGAUCUCGCCUCGCCAUAUGAGUUGGUUGCACACAAUUAUCCUGGAGCAGAGGCGAUUGCCAAACACAUCGGUGCUGACAGUGUGGUUUACCAGUCGCUCGAAGAUCUCAAGGCCGCCUGCGUUGAUGCAGCUCGGGAAGCCAAUAGCGAAAAUGCGCCUCAGAAUUUUGAAGUGGGAGUCUUUUGCGGUUCAUAUGUCACUCCGGUAGACCAAACAUACUUUGAGCAUCUUGAGCGGAUCCGUGGGCAAACCAGAAAGUUCAAGGUCAUGGAUGAAGCACGACGCGCAAUUGCUCAAGGGAUUGCUGGCCAUGAUCAGAUUCAAAUGGCGACCAAUGGCGUUGUUGUCAGUGAAAAGGGUACCAUUGUUCCAGCUCAGAACGGAGAGAUGUUGACUCCCUCAAUCAAUACCAAUGGCCAUGACCAACGGCCUUCACAGGAAGAUGAAAGUCCAUCGGUUCGUGAUCGCAUGGAUAUUAGCCUUCAUAACUUGGGAGACUUCCCAGAUACAUGA